CCGACACUUUUUUUUGGUGCUUUCUUUUCAAAGUUGCUUUCUCUGUGUACCGUGCGGCACCGAUCCUCCACGAACCCAAGUCCCAAGUACCAAGUACCAASCCAGCGAUGACGAUCCAAGGCAUCCUCCUCCUCUCCUCCGUUCUAGGCAGUGCGGUCGCUACCACCUACCCGGUGGGCAUCAGCAACUGCGGCGUCCGGUCCUGGAUCGAAGACGCCCCCAAGCGGGCCGUCACCAUGAACCAGGGCACCACCGAGGUCAUGCUGGCCCUGGGCCUSGCCGACAGCAUGGUCGGAACCGCCUACCUGGACGACGAGAUCUGGCCCGAGCUCGCCGCCGACUACGCCAGGGUCCCCGUCCUCUCGGAGGGAUACCCCGACAUCGACACGCUCAUGGCCACGGACCCGGACUUUUUGUACGCCUCCUACAAGAGCGCCUUCCAGGCCAAGACSGAGGAGGACAGCAAGCGCAUCGACUACUUCCAGGUGGUGGAGGACGGAUGCGACCUGACCCUCCCMGAGACCAACGCCACGUACUGCCGCGCCGAGCUCCACGUCGAGGGCAUCCAGACCUACCUGCAGACCCCCUACUGCGAGCUCGCGGACCACCGGCCGGCCGAGGUGGACCUGAAGCACCUCUACGAGGAGAUCUGGGACGUCGCCCUCAUAUUCGACGCCUUUGAGGAGGCCCAGGUCCUGGUGUCCAACAUCGACGACCACUUYCGCCGGGCCACCAACCUCGUGGAGACACACGGAUCGAGCGACGUCCAGGUCUUUUGGCUGGACGGCUGGGACGACACAACGCCCUUUGUCGGGUCCUGCUGCGGGUCCGUCAACAAGAUCAUCGAGUACGCCGKGGCCCAGAACAUCUUUUCCGACCUGGGGAUCGAGGAACAAAAGAGCUGGGCGGACGCCAACUGGACCGACGUCAUCGAGCGAGACCCCGACGUGAUUGUCAUCGUGGAUGCCUCCUGGGACCAGGCCGGUGCGUAGUAAGCGUAGUUUAGUUUGUUGGUGGAGUGUGCUGUUUGUU